AUGGAUUACGACACAGUUGAUCUCUUCACGGGAUGGCCCAAUCCGUCGCUCCUCCCUACGGGCGCGCUCGCGGACGCAUUCGCCACGGUGAUGGCCGACCCCGCCAUCCGCACGCCGGCCCUGAUGUACGGCCCCGACGAGGGGUACGGGCCACUGCGCGAGCACGUCGCUCAAUGGCUGACUUCAUUCUACCGUCCAGCCGACCCUGUCACAGGCAGUCGUAUCUGCAUCACGGGCGGCGCAAGUCAGAAUCUCGCCUGUAUCCUGUCGGUCUUCUCCGACCCAAGCUAUACGCGGAAUGUCUGGUUGGUGGCGCCGACCUACCACCUGGUCUGCCGCAUUUUUGAUGAUGCAGGUUUCGCGGGCCGGCUGAGAGCCAUUCCCCAGGAUGAGCGCGGGCUGGAUUUGGAUUAUCUGCGGCGGGAGUUGGCUGCCGCCAAUGACCGCGGGGCUAAGGGGGAUAGGGAACCGAUUACACCUCUACGGCCAUGGGCGAGGCUCUACAGACAUGUUAUCUAUGCAACGCCCGCGUUCUCGAAUCCGUCUACGAUAACAAUGUCACGGUCGGACCGCGAGGCUCUCGUUCGGCUGGCGCGCGAGUUCGAUGCCCUCGUGGUCACAGAUGAUGUCUACGAUUUCCUGCAAUGGCCGUCCGAUCCCGAGAAGCCGCUCGACGGGCCCGCGACCGCCUUACACCCUCGUCUCGUAGACGUCGACCGGUAUCUGGACGGCGGCCCGAAAGACGAAUGGGGCAACGUCGUGAGCAACGGCAGUUUCAGCAAGCUCAUCGGACCGGGGAUCCGUACAGGAUGGGCAGAGGGUUCAGGAAAGGUCGCCUACGGUAUCUCACAAGCAGGCUGCCAGCGCUCCGGCGGCGCCCCGUCCCAGUUCUCAUCGACUGCGGUCGACCAGCUCGUCUCCUCCGGUUUCCUCCAAAAGCACAUCGACGAAGUCCUACGCCCCGCAUACGCAUCACGAUACUACCGCCUGAUGUCCGCUAUCAAAACCCACCUUUACCCCCUUGGUGUAACGGUCCCCUUCACGGGACCAUCCGUCGCAGGCGGCUACUUCAUCUGGGCUGCAUUGCCGGGGUCCUUGCGCGCGAGUGACCUGGUCCCGGUCGCACUGCAGGAUCACCGUGUGAGAGUCGCUGCAGGAACUCUGUUCCGAGUCCAGGGCGACCAGGCGGAGGACAAGAACGAGUUUGGGUCAUUUAUCCGUCUGUGCUUCGCGUGGGAACCGGAGGAGAAGCUGGCAGAAGGAGUGCGACGGUUGGCGAGUGCGAUCCGGCAGAUGAUCGGGCAACGAACAUGA